UUAUGGUCACUCUCACAACCUUCUUCUUUGUUGUGCAGUAGCCAGUGAGCUGUGAGCCCCCCACACCCCCUCCUAAAAACUCACUCAAGUACUCAACUAAACCAUCUUCAUUUCUCUCACUCUCUCUCUCCUCUAUAAGUACAUUAAAACCCACCAUUUUUUUUUCUCUCUCCUUCUCUUUCUUCUUAGUUGUUUCAGAAGAAGAAUCAAAAGAUAAUCAACUAAAACAAGAGUGUUUAAGUGAAUAAAAACACCAUCUUUCACUUCUUUUACCUACCCAAAAACAAUGUCGCUCUGUAAUGGUGAUGAUCCUCGUGUUCAUGACAUCAAAACUAAAAUCCGUGUUAUUCCCAAUUUCCCUAAACCUGGUAUCAUGUUUCAAGACAUUACUACCCUGCUGCUUGACGCCAAAUCUUUCAAGGAUACAAUUGAUUUAUUCGUUGAGCGCUACAAAAGCAAGAACAUUUCUGUUGUUGCAGGCAUUGAAGCAAGAGGUUUCAUCUUUGGUCCUCCUAUUGCAUUGGCCAUUGGUGCGAAGUUUGUGCCAUUGAGAAAGCCAAGGAAGUUGCCCGGUGAAGUUAUUUCGGAGGAGUAUGUGUUGGAGUAUGGCAGGGAUUGUCUGGAGAUGCAUGUUGGAGCAGUUGAAGCUGGUGAACGUGCCUUAGUAGUGGAUGAUUUGGUUGCUACUGGUGGCACUCUAUGUGCAGCUAUGAAUUUGCUGGAACGUGCUGGAGCAGAAGUGGUUGAAUGUGCAUGUCUUAUUGAACUACCUGAUCUGAAGGGCCGUGAACGCUUGAAGGGGAAGCCAUUGUACAUACUGGUGGAAGCUCAUUAGUACAGCAAUUGGUUUCUCAUCCCGCAACAAAAAACUGUACAUUUUCAAGUACAUGAAUGAUUUGGCAGCUGCAACUGAUUCGGUUUACUUUGCUGUCGUAUUUUUCUCACCCGACCAUCUCCUGAUACCUCAUGAAUCUGGAUAUGGCGGCGAACAUUUCCUGACUGUAAUGCAAUCGCGCAAACAUCAGAUCGACACAAAUUCUUCGCGUAUCUAGGGACAUUGUUCACCCUGAUUAAGCAGGGACUAACUUUGUCCUCCCUAGGUGAUUUUGUUGCAUUAUGGUUGGGUUGUAGGUGAUUUAUCUGGCUAGGAAUCAAAACCAAACUGAGAUUUGACAAGUUUUUAUUUACCUGUUAUACUUUUAUCCCA